CUCGGGCAAGACCGUUCACAUCUGUCUUGAAGGAGAGAAGGGGGGAAGAAAAGCUGGUCUCCUCUACGCUCUGGAUAAAAAGAAAUUCAAGCAUCUAAGCGUGAACUAUUUCCAGGCUAUAACCAAGGAUAUUUACAAAAUCUCCCUCUAGUCUGGAGAACGGGAUUGCCGCAAAAUACCAAUUGCCACCUGUCACUUCCAUCAUGGAUGCCAAACCUGAGUAAAUCUACAUAUUCUAUAAGGCUUGGAAGAAGAAUGGAUCCAUAGUGAAAUGAUGAAUGCAUCGUAUGCUCCUGCAGACACCCGGAAGCUCUACUGCUGCCUCUCUUCUAUAUCUCUGUAUUAAAGAUCAUAAUCUUUUACCAAGUUUUUUGCAGCAGCUCAAAUUUCCUGGAAAUUGCUCUGAAAUCUGCAUUCUAGAAACUAAUGUUAUACUUUUGGAAAAGAAUAGACAUAUGAGCUUUUGAAGAAAUUGCUGUGUAGAAAAUCUCUCCCCCCCUCCCCCAAUUUUUUUUUUUUUUUUUUUUUUACUCUCCUGGUCUCCUAUUCCUCAGUCCCAGAGGCACUAACUGAUGGAGAGACAAAGGAGAGAGUCAGGAUAAGGACAAGAAAUAGAGCAGCAGAGAACGGGAAGAAAAGAAAAGUGCUUAUUGGCCAGUAAAACUGGAGGAGCUUCUGUGAAAAUUCCUUUUAAAGUACAUCUACAUCCCAAGCCAGUAGUUUGAACAUCUUAUUUACAUUUCAAAUAUUUUAUGCUGAGUGAAGGUAGCCCUUCGCUCUGUGGUCCCUUAAACCUUCAAGACAUUAAUUAUAUAAGGGCAAACUUUGGAACUUUUUAGUAUGACAAGGUGGUUAAGGUUCCUGUGCUGGCCCUUGUGGUCUCUGGCCCUUUUCAGCAUGCUCACUACAGUCAAGAUGCUGGAAUUUGGUGGGGCACCAGGCCAGUAUGCACGCUAUGGGCGCUGGGAAGCUGGAUCAGUGGGUGAGCUAAGCUUCAGUUUGAAGACCAACGUGAGCCAAGCCUUGGUACUCUACCUGGAUGAUGGUGGGAACUGUGACUUCUUGGAGCUGUUGAUUGCUGGCGGGCGCCUUCAGUUGCGCUUUGCCAUUCACUGUGCCGAGCCUGCAAUCCUGCACAUGGAGACACGGGUGAAUGAUGACCGCUGGCACAUGGUGCUGCUUACCCGCAACUUUCGUGAUACCCUGCUGAUGGUGGAUGGGGAAACAAAAGUGGCCGAAGUUAAGUCAAAGAGGAAGGAGAUGGCAGUGGUCAGUGACCUGUUUGUGGGAGGGAUCCCACCUGACGUGCGCCUCUCUGCACUGACGUCCAGCACGGUGAAGUAUGAGCCACCCUUCCAGGGCUUGAUCUCCAAUCUAAAAGUGGGGGAGAUGCCUCCUAUGUUGUUGAAUAGCCAGGGCAUUCAGAGUGACUUGGAGUACCUUUGCACCAAACAGAACCCAUGCUUCAAUGGUGGGUUUUGUUCUAUUCAGUUCGGAGAAGUUCACUGUGACUGCACCCACACCCGCUUCAAGGGGAAGUACUGCAAGGAAGCUGAAGAGUAUGCUGUUGAAGGUCUGGCGCACCUGACGUUAAACGACCAAGGUGACCCAUCUCCAGCUGGUAAGGAAGAGUCAGUCGCUACCUUCAAGGGGAAUGAAUUCUUCUGCUACGACCUGUCCCUGACACCAAUCCAGAGCAGCACCGACGAGAUCACGCUGUCCUUCCGAACGCUGCAACGCAACGGCCUCAUGCUGCACACCGGCAAGUCAGCUGACUACGUGAACCUUUCCCUGAAGAGCGGCGCAGUCUGGCUGGUCAUCAACUUGGGUUCAGGGGCCUUCGAGGCCCUGGUAGAGCCUGUCAAUGGCAAGUUCAACGACAAUGCUUGGCAUGACGUGCGAGUCACCCGCAACCUGCGCCAGCACGCAGGCAUUGGACACGCUAUGGUGACCAUUUCAGUUGAUGGUAUUUUGACCACUACGGGUUACACCCAGGAAGAUUACACCAUGUUGGGCUCUGAUGACUUCUUCUACAUCGGAGGAAGCCCCAACACAGCAGACCUGCCUGGAUCUCCAGUCAGCAACAACUUCAUGGGCUGCCUCAAAGACGUGGUGUACAAGAACAAUGAUUUCAAGCUGGAGCUCUCCCGUUUGGCCAUCGAACGUGACCCUAAAAUCACCCUCAAUGGGGAUCUGGUGUUCCGCUGUGAGGAUGUGGCAGCCCUGGAUCCCGUAACCUUUGAGACCCCUGAGUCCUACAUCUCUCUGCCCAAAUGGAACACCAAGAAGACAGGAUCUAUAUCCUUUGACUUCCGCACUACAGAGCCCAGCGGCCUGCUGCUAUUCAGCCAUGGCCGCCCUCAAGGUCCUAAAGAGCAGAAGCCUGGCAGGGAACUAAAGACUGAUUACUUCGCCAUAGAGUUGUUGGAUGGGUAUUUAUACCUUCUGAUCGAUAUGGGCUCUGGGAAAACUAAGCUCAAGGCCAGCAACAAGAAGGUCAAUGACGGGGAAUGGUGCCAUGUAGACUUCCAGAGGGAAGGGAGGAAAGGGUCCAUCUCAGUCAACAGCCGCAGCAUGCCCUUCAGCUCCCCGGAAGGUAGUGAAAUCCUGGACCUGGACAGCGACAUGUACCUCGGCGGACUGCCUGAGUCCAAAUCGGACCUUAUCCUGCCACCAGAGGUUUGGACUGCACUUCUGAACUAUGGCUACGUCGGCUGCGUCCGUGACCUCUUUAUUGACGGCAAGAGCCGUGAUGUCCGCCGUCUGGCUGAGAUCCAGAGCGCCCUUGGGGUCAGCAGCUUCUGUACCCGUGAAUUGCAGAAGCGCUGCAGCAGCGCUCCUUGUGGGAAUGGAGGCCUGUGCAAAGAGGGCUGGAACCGGUACAUAUGUGACUGCACUGGCACUGGAUACCUGGGCAGCAACUGUGAGAUAGAGGCAACGGUUCUGAGUUAUGACGGCAGCAUGUACUUGAAGAUCAUCAUGCCGCUCACCAUGCACACUGAGGCUGAGGACCUGGCGCUGCGAUUCAUGUCUCAGCGGGCAUACGGCCUGCUCAUGGCCACCACCUCCAAGGAGUCAGCUGACACCCUGCGGCUGGAACUGGACGGAGGACGCAUCAAACUCACUGUCAACCUCGAUUGUAUCAGGAUAGACUGUAGCCUCAGCAAAGGACCCGAAACGCUGUUUGCGGGGCAGAAGCUGAAUGACAACGAGUGGCACGCAGUGAAAGUUGUGCGGAGAGGCAAGAGCCUGCAGCUGUCUGUGGAUAACGUCACAGUGGAAGGCCAGAUGACUGGUGCCCACACACGGCUUGAGUUCCACAACAUCGAGACAGGCAUAAUGACGGAGAGGCGCUUCAUCUCCGUGGUGCCCUCAAACUUCAUUGGCCAUCUCCAGAGCCUGAACUUCAACGGCGUGCCGUACCUCGACCAGUGCAAAAACGGGGACAUCUCAUACUGCGAGCUGAACGCACGCUUCGGCAUGCGCCAUAUCAUUGCAGAUCCGGUGACGUUUCGAACGAAAGGCAGUUACUUGGCGCUGGCCACAUUACAAGCUUACGCCUCUAUGCACCUCUUCUUUCAGUUUAAAACCACCACACCUGAUGGUCUGAUGCUCUUCAACUCUGGCGACGGGAGCGACUUUAUAGUUGUGGAGCUAGUGAAGGGGUACGUCCACUAUGUCUUUGAUCUCGGCAACGGCCCGUCACUGAUGAAGGGCAACUCAGACAAGCCGCUCAAUGACAACCAGUGGCACAACGUGGUGGUGUCCCGGGAUGCCAACAAUGUACAUACUCUCAAGAUUGACUCACGCACCGUCACUCAGCACUCCAAUGGAGCCCGCAACCUGGACCUCAAAGGAGAGCUGUACAUCGGUGGCGUGACGAAGAAUAUGUACAGUAAUCUGCCCAAACUGAUUGCAUCCCGGGACGGGUACCAGGGCUGUCUGGCCUCUGUGGACCUGAAUGGGAGACUCCCCGACCUGAUCGCAGAUGCCCUCCACAGGGUGGGCCAGGUGGAACGAGGCUGCGACGGACCCAGUACCACCUGUACGGAGGAGUCUUGCUACCAUCAGGGGGUAUGUCUCCAGCAGUGGGAGGGCUUCACCUGUGACUGCUCAAUGACGUCCUACGGAGGCUCAUUUUGCAACGAUCCUGGGACAACGUACAUCUUCGGGCGAGGCGGAGCCCUCAUCACAUACACCUGGCCACCCAAUGACCGGCCGAGCACACGGGCAGACCGGCUGGCAGUGGGCUUCAGCACGCAGCUGAAGGAAGCCAUUCUGGUCAGGGUGGAGAGUGCCAAGGGAUUGGGCGAUUACCUGCAGCUGCACAUAGAGCGAGGAAAAAUCGGCGUGAUCUUCAACGUGGGAACAGACGACAUAACCAUCGAGGAGAGCGCGGUGAUGGUGAGCGAUGGCAAAUACCAUGUGGUGCGAUUCACACGCAGUGGUGGCAACGCCACUCUUCAGGUGGACAACCAGCCAGUCAUCGAACGAUUCCCCUCAGGGAACUUUGAUAAUGAACGCCUGGCUAUUGCUAGACAAAGAAUCCCAUACCGACUUGGUCGGGUAGUUGACGAGUGGCUACUCGACAAAGGUCGCCAGCUGACUAUCUUCAACAGCCAGGCAUUUAUCAAAAUCGGUGGUGGAGAGAAGGGGCGCCACUUCCAGGGCCAGAUCUCAGGCCUGUACUACAACGGCUUGCAGGUGCUUAAACUGGCAGCCGAGGGCGACCCCAACGUCCAAACCCAGGGUAACCUGCGGCUGGUGGGUGAUGUGCCCUCGGUGCUCACAACUGACACCACCUCCACCACCCCACUGGCUGAUAUGUCCACCACAAUCAUGGAGACGACCACCACCAUGGCCACAACCACCACCCGCAAACAGCGCUCACCCACCAUGAGGGACAGUGUCACGCAGAAUGCGGAUGACCUCUUGGUAGCUUCAGCAGAAUGUCCUAGUGAUGAUGAAGAUUUGGAGGAGUGUGAGCCUGGAAAUGGAGGUGAAUUAGUGUUGCCCAUAAUAACAGUGGAUUCCCUAGAGCCCCCAUCCAUUGCCACCCGAUACCCAGUAAUCCCCCCGCCCCCCACCACCUACCGCCCUUUCCUCACCCUGCUUGAAACCACCAAAGAGUCCCUCCCAAUGCCCAACGGCCGCCCCCCAUGCCCCUUGGACCAAGAGGACUGCGAGGAGACCAUUGAGGUGUCAGCUUACGGCUCAGGGGAGAUGACUGAGACGGAUGACGAGGACUAUUACAAAAACUCCCCCCUGGUUACUGACAGGACUGUCUUGCCUCCUCCCCCGGCAGUUGAGGGCGCUGUCCAGAACCCCAGAGACCGCCAUUUCUCCCGCUACCCCAUUUCACACCGCCCCCCUAUGUCCUCUACCCCGACUGCCAACCCCGACCAGCUCACCCCCCGCAUCAAAGCAUCUGGCGGCAGCGGCAGUAGUAGUAGCAGUAGUAGCAGCAACAACAUCCCCGCCGGAAAAAUGGACAACCGGGACCAGGUUUUGCUGCCGCCGGCCCACCCCUCGGCAGAUCCCGGCCACCGUAAAAUCCCAGGAAUAACCUACCCCCCAAAUUUUCCCCAUGUUCCCACUCCAGACCCAACAUCUCCAGAGAGAGGACUCCCAGGCGCUGUAGAGGUCCAGCAGUCCAGCAGCACCACAGGAAUGGUGGUGGGCAUCGUGGCGGCCGCCGCCCUCUGCAUCCUCAUCCUGCUGUACGCCAUGUACAAGUAUCGCAACCGUGACGAGGGCUCCUAUCAGGUGGACCAGAGUCGGAACUACAUCAGCAACUCAGCCACGCAGAGCAACGGUGCUCUGGUGAAAGAAAAACAACCCAGCACUGCUAAGACAGUCACCAAGAACAAGAAGAACAAAGAUAAGGAGUACUACGUCUGAGGCAGCGCCGCCGCUGCUGCCCCCGUCACACACAGAGACCGACAGCAGAUGCACUUAGAAAAGGAAAGAGACGAGAGCAAGAGAGUGAGAGAAGGAGGGACUGGAGGCAAAAAAUUGAGAGCAGAUAACAACAUAGUGGCUAAUUCUUUCAAAACUCAGUAUUGGCAUGUCUUACUAUCUGUAGUCUUAUCAGAAGGAGGCAGUAAAACAAACAGACAUUGCGGAAACAUGGUUCUGUUUGUACAUUCGUGUAUUAUAUUAAUUGGUUUUACUAAAUUAGAAUCAAUGUUAACCCAGGAAAGAUUUAAGGAAAGGCUACAGCAACUUAGAUCAUAACACUUACUGUGCCAACAACAAUGUAGCAAAUGCUGUUAGGACAGUGAUUCAAGGGUUAGCAUUUCAUGGGUUUUUAAUAUCAUGAGUAGUUUAGGAGAGGAUCUCAAACAGUAUUCAUCCUAUGCUUUAAUCUCAGGCAAGCCUGUGCUGAAUACUACCACUUUAGAAAGCGUCGGCAAAAAUCUUUAUCUAACUAAGCACAAAUUAGCUAUUUAGCAUUACUAUAUAUAUAUCUAUAUAUAUAUAUAGAUAUAUAUACAAUUUAUAAAAACACUGUGUUUAAUCAAACACCUCUGAUUUCUUGCCUCCGCUCAGAUCUCUCUGUCUCUUCCUCUCAUUCGCUACAGCUCUCUGUUUCUCUCCUUCUCUACGAUGCCCAGCAACCAAUGCAACGUAAACUCUGCCGUGUUUCAAGCAUGUAGUAUUCAUUAAUGAAAAAGAGAUAACAUAACAGUUUUUCCUUUCUGUGGAGUUUAAAAAAAGAAAAAAAAAUUAUAAAAAAAAUAUGAAAAUUGAUGAUCAUAACGACGUUAAACGUAGCAACUAUGUGAGAUACCACCGCUCCACCCUAACAGAUGCUAACUUGUACGUUUAGCCGCCAAAAACUUGUUGAGGCCAAAAAAAACCCUUUGGUCGUCCUUUGUUCCAGCUGAUGUGUGUUUCCGAUCAUGUGUUUCUGGGGUGCCGAGGUGCCCCCUCCUCCCCCGCCCUCCCACCAGGUGGGCCAGCAGAGAGACUGUCACGUCCUUACUAAUCACCGAAAAACAGAAAAAACUCCAGCAAACCAGAUGAACUCUGUUCUAUAUAAUUAUAAAUAUAUGUAUAGACGUUGCAGAAACCUAUGGACCUGAAUUAUGAGCGAGUCUAGAAAUGAAUUUGCUGACGGUGCACAGCGAAGAUAGACUUUAGGAUUUUUGAAGUCGGAACAGUUUCACCGCCCGGUCCCCGAUUCUUCAGACCCUCACCCUCCUCAUGAACAGUGUGGCUGCCGAAAAGCCCGACUGCAAGACUCAGACAUCUUGCUUUCCUUUUUCUUUUUCUUUUUUUUUUUUCUUAUUUUUUAUUAUAUUCUCUGAAGAAAUGAGACAUUUUAGGGUAAUUCUGGAUUAAUUCUUGCUGGAGUUCCACUGUGGAGAGCGAUAUAUCUUGCAGCUGAAACAGCGACUGUGUCUUUGCCCCCCUCCCUUCUCUUGCCUGACUGGACUGAUGGCAGCCAAUCAGCAAAGCGAACUUUGUGGGAAAGCACACAAGCGAAAAAGGUGAACUGGAAGAUGUACAACUGAACUCUAGUAUUCCAAUUUUCUCAACUCUAUUAAAAAAAGAAAAAAAAGAAAACAGAACCAUGAAAAGAAAAUUCCUGAAAAAGUUUGUGAAAUGUCUAAAUAUUUGACUCUCAUCCCAUUACUAAAGAAAUGUCUUUUCCCUUUUAUCAUUCCUGUUGGAGAAAAAAUAAUUACAAUGAUUCUGGGAAACUGAAAUUUCUAUGUAUUUUCUUUUUGGUAAUUGAGCAAAUAUGAUUUGGGUUCCAAACAUAAAAACAACACAUCCUCCUUUUCCAGAGGAGAAAAGUUAUUUUAUUUCAUUGUCCGUCUGUCAUCCUAAAUCCUCAUUUUUUUGUAUUUUUUCCAUCCUGCAUCUAUUCCUCGUAUGACAGAUUGUAUGUUCCAUAUCCUGUGGAGAAAGCAAGUGCUGUCAAUCCUCCCGAUUUUAUUUGUUUUAUAUCUAUUACUGCCUGUAACGGUGAGAGACACGAUGGCAGCUGUUUCAUAACAGGGACUCCAUCGAUUUACUCUCCUGCCAUGUUUGUCUGGUUUUCCUCUUUCUCCAUUCCAAGCAUACUCCUCCCAGUAUCUUCCUGUUCUUUCUAAAUGUUAUUGUAAAGUGUUCCAGUGAGAUGACUAAAUAUGUGUACAUUAACAGAGGGAAUACACUUGGUUAUAUACUUCUUA